AUGGCACACAAAGUGCUGGGAUGCAUUCUUCUAUUGGCCUUGUCGUCGGAGGGAAAAGAAAAAACACGAUGGUCGCGCCAACUAAGCUCAUAUACAGCCGACAUCAGCGACUGGGUCCCGUUGCCGGGGCCCCUAGAACCUGAACCGCUGCAGAUCAGACGCCAAGCAAUCGCCGAACCGAGAAUUCUCUCGGAACCGUUCCCGGGCUUCACGAGGUCCGGUGCGUUUAGCCAAGAAGAUUUUCCACCUAAACCGAUCUUUAAUGGGCAACCAAAUAGACAGUUGUACCUUCAAGCGGUUCCGUCAGCACCCCAAAAUUACCUGACGGACCAGGGCUUCGGCCAAGGAUUGAAAUUCGGUCUACAACAACCAAACUUUCCCUUGAGCCAAGGAUUUGUCUCCCCUCAUUUUAACUUUGAUGGCAUUCCACAAAUCAAAGCGAGACCGCCGGUGAUACCACCGGUGAAGUUCGACAGCUUCGCGAAACCGUCUCAGUCACAAGUUAAACCUUUUCUCGGUCUUCCCCCUAAACUAAAGCCGGAAUCGCCUAAGUUUGUUGACGGCUAUCAGAUAGAGAAUAUAAGCGAAAUGGGUAUGCCGAAGAAGAAGGCUCCGACGCUUCAAAAAGUUAAGUUUGAUAGUUUCGAAAGGCCCAAGGAAUCCAUGCUACAGAACAAACCAAAAUCUGAAAAAGAGGAAGUUCAAUUACUUUAUGUUCCAGUGGAAUCACUGAAUAGAGGACAAUUUAACUUUAGAAGUCCGAUAACUUCCUCGCAACUCGUCAACACUGACUUUUACAACCAAAGUCCACGUAUCAAUCCUCUGCGCCAAAAUCUUGCUCCGGAAUUUCAGAGGCCGUUACCUAAGCCACUAGAGUCCUUCAAUUCUCAGGAAUCCUUGAACGACUUCAACAGACAAUUAGUUGGUUUUGAACGCGAAAGUUCAAAGUACACAACACUGUCUUCACCUUUCCCAAUUGUUUCUUCGACAACGCCCCAACCAAAAAAGCUCAAACCCCACCAACCACCUCUAGCAAUAUUCUUGUCACCCGAUAAAAGAGAUGAUAACGUGAAAGUCGGAGACGUGUUAGUGUCUCUCAAAAAUGCUAACACAGUACCGGUAUUGGACUCAAUCAAUCCCCAAAACGCACCAAAAGUAUUCAUUGGUCCAUCAAACUUAUCGCCUCCAGAAAACUUCGUAAAAUUUGAAUUACCAUAUUUAUCGAACAUAGAAAAUGUUGAUAAGAAGUUGCGUCAACUACCUUUCUUUGUGGCUCCGCUGAGCUAUAACACGCCACAAGGCUUCGCUAAAAUUCCAUUUCCCUCCCCACACGUAGGGUCAGUGGUAAUCAAUUCACAAAUAAGGGACACACCUUCCCCGCCACACACCGUUCCUGAAGCAUACGAAAAUCCAUAUGUAAGACCUCAAAUAUAUCGGCAACAGAAUAUAGUAACACAGAAGCCUCAAGUUAGCUACUACAGUACAGCGUCACCUAAAGUGAAUAUACAACCUAAUUAUAAACAAAACUUUUACUCUAUCGAACAGCAAAGUGUCAGUACCUUGGCACCACCAGCUUCCCCUCAAGAAACGACACAAAAUACCAAUGGCGCUGCAAAGCCUGGUUAUUUUAUAAGCAACUUUAGAGAUCAGUACAAUCCAUCGCAAUAUGUAAAUUUCCCCAGCGAAGUUAAUGACGGAUCUAAACGAGUAAAACCACAGAACAUUGCAUCACAUAUAGAAACGUCAACUACCCCUAGAACAACGCUUUCUACAACAACUAAACCUUCGACGUAUCCGAGUCAACUUUUAGAAACUCAUAAUCCAUACUCAAUUAACCAUGCGUUCCAUUUUAACACCCCAGUGGAUUAUCAAAACUUUUUUGAGGAGUACAAGGAACCCAAUGCUACUCCAGGAACGUCGGCACAUUCAACGACACAAGCUUCAAUAAUUUCAUCAACUGAAGCAACCUCCACCAUUAAUAAUGUACAGACGCAAAGCCCUCAACAAAGAUAUACACAAAACUAUGUUCAAAAUUAUUCUCCUGAAAUUCAUUACGAAUCUGAAACACUCUCCUCUAGGCGGCCGACAUAUACUACAAGAGAUUACUCGUCAUUUAACAAAAUUGAAUCAACACCGGUCACACAAAACCAAAAAAAUCUAGGGGAUGAUUUCUAUCCUAAGGAACAUGACACUAGUAUAAACACUCCAUCGACAUAUGAAAGUUCGGAAUUAAAACAAAUCGAUGAGUCAAAUAUAAAAACGAAAAAGAAUAAUGAAGAAUUUACUUUGAAUGGUUAUGAAUCUGCGAAAGUACAACCGCAACAGUAUGAUUCGCAAUACAUCAACGAAAAUAUUGAGUCUACUGAGCCUACUAGUUCCACAACCACUACAACUGCUCCCAGUACCAGACGAAUACCGCCACGAAUUAGAGGACGACCUCGAUACACUACGGCCAGAUCGGAUUCUAAUGACUACACAACACGCGCUCCAGUAACAAGAAGACCUUACAGAGAAAGAAAACCUCUGAACAAAUCGAGAUACGACAAUAGAGGCACAACAGAGAAAGCAGUCAAAGAACCUCAGAAUGAAUUAACUGAAAGCACUACAAAAGCAACUAGUCGAACGAGAGGCCGAAUCCAUUAUAGACCUAAAACUAGUGAAGAUGUUGCUGAAAAACAGCCAAAACAAAAAGAUGACUUAGCGUAUCAGAGAGAUGUUUUACACCAAAAUUAUCCUGUUACCCUGAUGGAACGCACGAGUACUGUAGACAUUGAGGCUAUAACGGAACCUAGUCCAAAGGAACAUGUUACGAAUUCAGUAGAUGAAUUUAAAUCAUAUGACACUGAAAAUGCUUAUACUAAUGACAAAGUGUCCAUAACUGAGCGCGAUAAUAUUGAUUUAGAUAGAGAUAUCACACCUAAGGAUGUUGCUGCAGAAAAUGAUAAUUUGUACGUUUCUCGUAAUCAAAAUGAAGAAUAUGUUUAUCAAGCUAGAAGUAGUGUAGCACCACCUAUAUCUUUUGACAAUAUUAAAGAACAUCCUGCAGAAGAAAGUCUGGGCCAGGUAACAAGCCCAGUUAGCCCGGUUACUGAACAAAAUAUUCCUAAUUACUCCGCUAAUAAUGAACAUCCAGCUGAAGGAGAAGAAAUGAUUUCAAUACAACAGGUUGAAACUACUAAAGCUAUUGAAAGUGAAUCAAUGGAGCAGGUAACUGAAACAACGCCUACCUAUAAUAGGGUGCGUGUGAGACCGGGUCUAAUUAGGCAAUAUAAUCAGGCAUCUACAGAAUCAUCAAGGACAAAAACGGAGAGAAGAAAGCCUACACAACAGCCCAUUACGUAUCGACCUGCUUUUGACCGAAGACGCACAACAAUGCGUAUUGAAGAAAUUGAAGCCGACCUAAAAACUAAACCUGUUCAUUCGCGGCCUGAAAUCGAUGACGACAGACAUCCGGUAUACAAGCCUGAAGCAUCCACGGAGGGUUCAAUAGCAACAGAAGUAGUAAAUAAACGGAAUCAAUUCAGAAGAAAACGACCUAAUUACACGACCACUACUACUGAAAGUACGGUGACAAGAAGACCAUAUGAAGUAAAGAAUAGAUUCCGAGGUAGACGGCCGACAGACAAGCCAACUGAAAAACCCGAGAUUCAGACAGAAGGCUCAACUACAACGACGAGGAGUUCACUUUAUAAUAGAUAUAGCCAUAGAACGAAGCUUUCUGAGAGGUAUAAUAAGAAACCCGAACAAGAAGAAGUCAAAAGCGAUACCGAUGACCAAGAGUCCAAUUAUUCGAUAAAUAUACCAAAAUACGCUACUCCUGAUUCCGACAAAUGGUCACCUAAGAUUUCUAAGGAUUCAUUCAAACCAUAUAACCCAAACGAACUUAUCGACGACAGUAAAGUCGAACAAUUAGAUUCGAAACCCAAAGAUGAUGAACUGGAAAUAAUAACAGCAGGGAAUGAAUACGAUGAUAUUUUAAUUUCUGUAACACCGGCAACAAACAAAAACAACCGAGUUAAUAAAAAAAUAGCAGAUAUCCCCCCCACACUUGAGGCCUAUGUUGAACAAAGUAAAGUCUCAAAAACAGAAGUAAGUGAGACUUCAUCUACAUUUGAGAGUAUGUUAGAAGAAGUAAUGAAAAGUUUGGAGGAGCAAGACGAGGACGAAUAUACAAAUAAGGUUAUGAAACACAAAGGGGGAGAGAUUGGUGAGAUACCUCCUGAAAAAAUUAUUUCUUCGGGUGACAAUUAUUCCAUUAAAUCGACUACACCUGUGCAAGAAGAGACGACGACCAAUCCAUCUGUAACGGAGGGUCAAACUCAGAGUUCUAUUGAGGAAGAAUCCAGUCCUAAAGGCCGUCGUCGUGGAUUCUGGAAAAAGGUUAAGGUGCGUCCGAUAACUGACUCCUUCGAGGUAGCUGAAUCGCAAUAUUAUUCAAACACCGUCAACACUCUUGGGCAAAGCGUACCGAAAGCGUCCUUCGGAAAAUCUAAUGAGGACGAUAAAAUCAAAAUAAAGGCAACUACGUAUAAGCCUAGUUACCAAUUUAUCAAGGACUUCUUUGAAAAUGAUGAAGCAAUACUGGAUAUGACCCCUGAGAUUGAUAUACCUAAAAUUAAUGCCAGUCGACAAUCCGUUGUUCAAGCUGCGAAAUUAGUAUCGGAAACGGAACCCAGUAUAAUGAAAGAAACGAGUGCGACCAGUGUUAAUCCUGGAGACAUGGAUUGGGGAACGGGUUCACCAGACCCGACAUUAGACGAUGCGUCUUUUUACACGGAAGCUACUCAACCAACAAUAGAUCGAUCUGAUGGCUUCAACUUUAUGGAAUACUUGUUUGGAAUGACGUCUAAUGAAGAUUCUCAAGCGGGAAAACCUGUGGAUAAAGAACUACACACAACGACCACGCCAGAAGUGUACGAUGUAGAGUCUACAAAGGGAACGACCGACAGUUAUAUACCUGAGGAAAUAACAGCAGAAACUGUGACAGAGACCUCGGUUGUAACUGAAAGCCACUUUGUUACGAGGAAUGCUACCGAUAAGUCUCUUACAACAUCAAGUUAUAUGGAUCCAUCCAAUGUCAUAAGUACGUCAAUGUCAACAGAGGUGUCUCACGAAACGGAAAUUUGCUUCAGAGGUAAAUGCAUAAAGACAACAAAGCAAUUAUUAUAG